UUUUUCCGAGAGUCGUACUCGCAAACGAAAGUCUCUCUCUCUCUCUCUCUCUCUCUCUGCGCUAAAGGCUCUUCAGGCUCUCUCGUCACGGUUUGCCAACAAGCACACAAGAACCUCAGUUCACCAAACUCUCCCUCGCCCCCCCUCUCUUUCUCACUGUCUCUAUCUACUCUUCCAAUUCCGAUUGCAUUUCCCAAUCGCAAAGGUUUUCUCAGUUUGUUCUUGCAUCCAUCAUAUUUCUGACAUCUGUAUUCUCGGCACCGUCAGCUCCUUUACUGGUUUCACUACGCGUUCCAUGUUUCUGCUUUUACACGACACACAAAUAUAUUACUCCGGUGUUCCGUUACUACGCAAUGGUUCAUAUAUAGAUUUGGUACUAAAGAAGGGGAUAUGCUGCAGCAAAUGGCGACUACUGAAUGUUUUAGGAGGGUUUCAAGAUAAAUUAAAGGAAAUGGGAGGUUGUUGCUGUUGUUCCUCCAAAGGAACUGACUUGAACACUGCAUCAGCAUAUUAUUAUUACCCAAGAGCAUCAGAAGAGCAUGUGCCUCUAUCAUCUGGUCAUGGAGGUGCUUCUGCACUCUCUACAGGGCUCCUGGUUGAUACAAAUUUGGAUACAUCGAUCCCUGACACUUAUAGACCACCUCCGGCACCUAUGCCAUAUGAUGUAAUUUUAGGGCGUCCUCAAACUCCACCUAUGGCUGAAGAAAUUUGCAACUGCAAGAUGGAUGCAGCAGUGCAAACAACAAAUUCUGAAUCUUUUCAACAAACAGUUGAUGGUAACACUCUAGAAAAUUCAGCAAAGUCGGAAGAUCCAAAAGAAUCAGAAUGCAAAGUGCAAAUCGAUUUUGAACUUGAUUCGGCAAAAGGGUCAGAAGUUGAACUUUCAAAGCCAGUGGAACCUGUUAUUUUUGCUUCAGAGGAAGAGGAUUGUGCCAUUUGCUUAGAAGAGUAUGAUGCUGAGAAUCCAAAAAUUAGCACAAAGUGUGAGCAUCAUUUUCACCUUGCAUGCAUUCUUGAGUGGAUGGAAAGAAGUGAUGCAUGUCCUGUGUGUGAUAAGGAGAUGAUUUUCAAUCCUCCUAUAGUUUAGCAGCAAUCAGGCAAUCGAGAAGUCAAGUUCCAACUUCUUUGCUGUUCAAAACAUGUUCUAAGAGGAGGUUACAAAUCUGCUAGAGUUUUCAGCUCUCUCUCUCUCUCUCUCUCUCUCUCUCUCUCUCUCUCUCUCUCUCUCUCUCUCUCUCUCUCCUUUUAAGUGGCAGCUGCAGAUUUAGCUGUGGUUUGGUUAAUUUGGUAUUGAGGAGUCAUGCCCAUUUCAAAAGGAUAGCGUCUUUGUGCAUAUACAUUUACUUUUAAACUUAGGAAGAAAUGGAAAGAAAAACAGAAAGUAGAUAUAGAAUUUGUACGAUUCAAUCCCGGAGGUCCAUUAUACAUUUGCAAUGGAUUCGUCCUUAGUUUUUGGCCAGCCAGUAUGUUAUAAGCAAUAUAUUUGCUCGAGUCGGAUUGUAGUUGAAGGGGUUGCCAUGUUGUCACGUUGAUCGUCUCUUGGUGAUUGUAGCCUCUCCGUUUGUUUUCGUAGAUGAGAUGAG